UGUGCUCAGUUUUGAGAUGUUUGCAGCAGCCACCAAGAACUUUGUCAAGCAGGUGGGUGACACCGGGAGAUUGAUCCCUGUCCCGAGCCUCAGUGAGGCAGACCGCUAUCAGCCACUCAGCCUUGUCACCAGGAGGAAAAAGAAACGUUUCUGGAAAAAAAAGAAGAAAUACGCCUCCACUGCUUUCUCCCUCAAAGACAUCCUUGUUGGGGAGAAGGAGAUCACAGCAGGUGUAUCCUCUUAUCAGCUGCUGAACUAUGAGGACAAAUCAGAUGUGGCCAUCAACGGACGCCUUGGGAACCACCUCAUCAAUGACGUGGGCUUCAACGUCAGCGGAUCCGACUCGGUGGCCGUCAAAGCUUCUUUCGGUAUUGUGACCAAACAUGAGGUGGAAGUGCCCACGUUGCUGCGAGAACUCAACUCCAGGAAAGUAGAUGUUGAACACUGCCUCGUCCGUCAAUCAAGGGAGAGUGGAUGGAGUGUCCUCUGUGUCGUCAUGGAAAGCAUCCGUACCACUCGCCAGUGCUCUCUCACGGUCCAUGCUGGCAUGAGGGGGGCCACUAUGAGGUUUCAGAUUGAUGAUGGCAGAAACCCAAAAGGCCGAGACAAGGCCAUUGUCAUCCCAGCUCACACCACCAUCGCCUUCAGCAUCUGCGAACUAUUUGUUCGACUGGAUGGGCGACUAGACAUCUGUGUGGCACCGGGGUCUCAAGGUGGAUUUGAACAGGAGCAAAUCAGGGAGCAGCUUGGUGGCUUCAUCGGUCACUUCUCAAUGGGCCGCCUGCGUCGUUUCCUCUCAGGAAUCAUCUAUGGGAACCCCUUCAGAGCAGAUGAUAGAACAUUCGAGGAACUCACUCACUCUGACACCUUCAUGGAUGACACGAUGACCGACUACUACGAGAAAGCUGCCAGCAUGACUGAUAUCUCCACGGCCUACCUGAGGGAAAGUUCCCACACACGCGUCAACCUCCUCAAACACAACGUCCCCAAGGGGCCAUGUGCACUGUGCGGCAUGGGCAACCAAAAAAGAGAAACUGUCUAUGGCUGUGUGGAAUGCUCAUUUGGUGGUCAAAAAUAUGUGAGGCUUCAUGUGGUACCCUGCUUUGACCUCUGGCACAAAACGCUUAAGUGA